CUUAUAUUAAAACGAGAUUUGGCAAUGCCCAUACUGUCAUACACAGUCCAGUGGAUCCGAAAGAGUAAUAUCUAGAGGCCUAAUUCUAAAGAAUGCCUUUUAUUUGCUAAGUAGUUUGCAACCCGAUUACACUCUCUACAGGUGUGGAUGAGUCUAACCUCCCAAUUGAGAUUCAAGAGAUGGUUGAAUUGACAAGCCAGAAUGAGGUAUCUGUGAUUCGAGGAUGAUCAUUAGUUGCAUAGGUUGAUAGAGCAGCCUUGAUUGAAUGUGGUGAAUUGACUACUUUGGUCGAGAAGUCAAUUCACCGCUCUGUACUGGAUUUGAUCCAGUAGAGGAGGUUUUGCACGUUAGGACCUCAGUUCAUUUGCUCCGGUGGAGGUUGGUCGCCCGCUGGGUAUUCAAACUGGGAGGGUCUGAAGACCUUUAGUCGAGACUUCAGACUGUCUAAGAACCUUCCGCAGUAUAACUACCAUUAUAUAUGGACUUGGUGAAUUACAACUCGGCUUCACUGCAAUCUAGGGGGAACCAUAUCCAUGUGACCUCUCUCAAACUGGAAUCACAAAUUUAAUGCUUUGUGUUUGCUUAGAUUAGUUACAACUUCACUACGUUCAAACCGCUAGAUAACGAGAACUUCAAGAAGUAGUCAUCACAUCUAGGACCCGGGUUGACAAAUAAAGCUAAACCCACUAUACUACGCAUUAGUUUGUGGUUACACUAAGCCACUUUCUAGUGUGACGGUAUCGGGGAGUCACUUAACGGGUUGGUUCUUCUCAUUGUAUGGUUCGAGUUGUUAGCUUAAUAGGCGGGCCAACUUAGCACCCUCGUUUGUCACGUCAAUGGCUAAAUUGAAGGAAAAAUAAUUCGAGUGGCUAAAGUAUUACAAACAGAUAAUAUGAGUGGCCAAAUUUGCAAUUCAAUUGCUCCGAGUGGCUAAAGUGUCACACACUCACACUAGAAAUUAUUUACCCAAACAAUUAUUAACCUUUUGAACAAUAGAGAGCCCAGCAGUGACUGCUCCCAAGUCCCAAAUGGAACUCAACAACCUAGAACCCAAACGUCUGAAGCCUUUGUGAGGUAUCAUCAACCUUCGGAUAUCGCAUCCGACAGAAAGAAAGACCGCCAACGCCGGUAGAGAUUCACACUGAGCUGAUCCCGUCUUUGUGAGAGAGCUACGGUGAGAAGGAGCUUCAAAUUUCAAGCUUCAAUAUUAGCAGACGCCACCCUUCGUUUUUUUGCAGGCUUCGUGCUCGGUGAAUUGCUUGAAUGGAGGUAGCUACCUCUCUAGGCCUGAAAUGCCACUCCUGGUUCCAUGUCCCCCCUCACCGUUUCCCCUCUUCUUCUUCUCACAAACCCACAUCUGAUUCCACCCUCUCAUUCGCAUCCACGAGACAGCAUCAUGCCUCACUUACUACUGCACAAUCUCCACUCCCCACCUCGCUCUUGCUCUCUUCCGACUUCACCACUCCUCAGCUGCUCGAAACCCUCCGCCAACAGCCGAACGAGUCCGCAGCGCUUCGGGUGUUCGAAUGGGCUUCAAAGCAGCCAAAUUUCGAGCCGAAGGCGUCCCUGUACGAGGAGAUUCUCCGCAAGCUCGGCAAAGUCGGGUCCUUCGAUUCGAUGAAGGACAUCUUGGAAGAAAUGAAGAACGCGGGGUGUCCGGCCAGCAAAGGUAUAUGCUUAAUCUUUGUUCAGAGCUACGCCGAUUUCGAUUUGUAUGAUGAAAUCCCUGAAUUACUCGAGUCGAUGGAGGUUGAGUUUGGGUUUCAACCCGACACCCAUUUCUUCAAUUUCGUACUGAAUGUUAUGGUGGAUGGUAACAAGCUGAAAUUGGUGGAAAUGGUGCACUCUAAUUUGAUGAGGAGAGGAAUCAAACCCGACGUUUCAACAUUCAACAUACUUAUCAAAGCCUUGUGCAAAGCACAUCAAAUUCGGCCUGCUAGUUUGAUGAUGGAGGAGAUGCCCAGCUACGGUCUGCUUCCAGAUGAGAAAACUUUCACCACAAUCAUGCAAGGGUUCAUCGAAGAAGGAAACUUGGAUGGUGCACUGAGAAUGCAGAAGCAAAUGGUGGAAGCUGGAUGCCCCAUGACCAAUGUAACCGUAAAUGUGCUGGUUCAUGGCUACUGCAAACAGGGUAGAAUUGCAGAAGCUCUGGGCUAUAUAGAGGAGGUCUCUAACAAUGGAUUCUUCCCGGAUAAGUACACUUUCAACACUCUGGUGAACGGACUGUGUAAAGUUGGUCAGGUUAAGCAUGGUUUGGAAGUCAUGGAUAUGAUGCUUCAAGAAGGCUUCGAUCCAGAUAUUUAUACUUACAACUCUCUGAUAUCCGGGCUGUGUAAAGCCGGUGAAGUUGAGGAAGCAGUGGAGAUUCUGGAAGAGAUGAUUUCAAGGGAUUGCUCUCCCAACACUGUGACUUACAACACUUUGAUAAGUACCUUGUGUAAGGACAACCAAGUGGAGGAAGCUACUAAACUUGCCCGUGUUCUCACUAGCAAGGGACUUGCUCCUGAUGUCUGCACAUUCAAUUCCCUCAUACAAGGUCUGUGCUUGACCAGAAAUCAUUCACUCACCAUGGAAUUGUAUCACGAGAUGAAGAACCAAGGGUGCCAGCCGGAUGAGUUUACCUACAACAUGUUGAUAGAUAGCCUUUGCUACAGAGGGAAGCUGGACGAUGCUUUGAACCUGCUUAAAGAGAUGGAAUCGAGUGGCUGCUCGAGAAGCGUGAUCACUUACAACACGUUAAUUUCUGGGUUCUGCAAAAACAGGAAGAUCGAAGAAGCAGAAGAGAUCUUUGACCAAAUGGAAAUCCAAGGGGUAUCGAGAAAUUCUGUAACAUUCAACGCACUCAUUGAUGGAUUGUGCAAGAACAGGAGAGUGGAAGAGGCUGCUGAACUAAUGGAUCAAAUGAUAAUGGAAGGGCUGAAGCCGGACAAGUUCACUUACAACUCAAUGCUCACUUACUUCUGUAAGGGAGGGGAUAUUCAGAAGGCUGCUGACAUAGUCCAAGCCAUGGCCUCGAAUGGUUGUGACCCGGAUAUCGUAACUUACGGGACAUUGAUUGGCGGGCUGUGCAAGGCGGGACGUGUGCAGGUGGCGAGCAAGCUUCUGAGGUCCAUUCAAUUGAAAGGCGUAGUCUUGUCGCCUCAUGCCUACAACCCCAUACUGCAAGCACUGUUUAAGAAGAAGAGAAACACAGAAGCUAUGAGAUUGUUCAGAGAAAUGAUGGAGAGUGCUGUUGUUGAUCCUCCUGACCAAGUCACCUACAAGAUCGUGUUCCGUGGGCUGUGCAGUAGUGGCGGGCCCAUACAGGAAGCGGUGGACUUCGUGGUGGAGAUGGCGGAGAGAGGAUACUUGCCGGAAUUUUCGUCUUUCUAUAUGCUGGCGGAGGGGCUCUGUGAACUGUCGAUGGAGGAUACGCUGAUGAAGCUUGUUGAUCUCAUCAUGGAGAAAGCGAAUUUCUCUGCCAAUGAAGUGAGCAUGAUCAGAGGUUUCCUUAAGAUUCGGAAGUUUCAAGAUGGGUUGGCGACUCUUGGAGGUAUACUCGAUAUCAAGAUGCCGAAGAAACCGGCUUAUAGGUGAUGAUGAAACCAGGAGCCUGAUGGUUUGUAAGUUAAGAAAUCAGUUCUUUUACUGCAUUUUCUCAUCAUAUAUCAGCUAUCGGAGAGGUCCAUGCUUUGUGUUGUUUGUUUCCCUCGUUAUGUCAAAGUUUUAGGAAGAUGAUUGGCUCAAUUUCUUACAAAGUUAUUUAGCUAGGAAAAAGAUUGAUAUAGAAAGAUUCGAGUUUUUAGAUGUUAGUUUUUGCAUUUGAAAAUUGAUGUUAUAUAAGUGUGCGAAUUUUCACGAGCAUGUUUUUUUAAUCAUUAUCAGCAGAUUCCGCAUACGGAGUGCUCCGUAGCAUAGUCGCAUCUCUUUUCUAAUUUUUUAUGAGCAUAUUUUUCUUAAAUGUAUAAGAAAUAUCUACAAAAACAAUAUAUUUUAGUUAGCUGUAUUUUACUUAGUGGUCAGAUUGAUAUGGAAGGAACCAUUAGAAGAUAUGUCUCAGUCAAAGAGUAAAUAUAUGUUAUAAAAGUCAUAAAAAUUGAGAGUUAAUGUUAAUAUCACAUUAUUGAAUUUUUUUUUUACUUGGUCUCUAUCACUUCAAAUAAAAUUUCUCUUUAUAUUGUUUAAUAGCAACUAGAGCUUAAUCAAUCUAUUUACAUAUAUUCUUCUUGUAAAUAAUUAGCGACGCUGUACACACAGUAUACUAAAAAAUUCAAAUAAAAUCAUGUUAUGAGCUAAAUUCUAUGAUUAUUUAUGAGUCCUUAUAAGAAAACUCGGAAGCUAAUUGAGUUAUGCUUGACGAACUACACUAAUCAAGCCAUCACGUGACCUCUGAAGGAUUCAACUCUCGAACUGAGUUCAACGAGCCACAUAAUCGAACUAGCACGCUAGCCUACAAGCUGAGUAGAGUCGUGCUCAAUCUUGACUCACUUACUAACAAGUCUAGUCCCGGAUGAUAUUUUCUUGAUUCGAAUUAUGAGUUGCUCCGCUCGCCAUCGACUCUAUUCAUUUGCAUCCCUAACUAAGAGGGGCUUAGUUAUAAGUAAGAGAUAGGGGACUACGUUGGUAAUUUUGAAAGAAAGUAGGGCUCGGAAAAGGUGCGGUCUGGUCCCGACCAGACCAUAUAUACGGUCUAUAGUCCAGACCGAGACGCUGAAGUAUAGACCACAGACCAGGCCACAAACUAUACGGUCCGUUCCAGACCACGCAUGUGCGGUCUGGUCUGGUCCAUAUAGACCACACUCAACGAAAAAUGAAUAAUUUGUUUAGUCAACCACACAAAAAAUUGAACCAAUAAACAAGAAAAUAAUUGUUAUUUUCCUUAACACAUUAAUCCUAACAUGCAUGAAUAAUUUUGAUACCCUAAA